UCGGGAAUUCGUCGAGGUCUCUUAUCCAGCAGACGCUCGCUAUCUUUGUUCGUAGGUUAAGAGAGAAAGAGAGAUGGCCACGGGAAUACAAUAAACGAUAUAGUAUAUUCAUCCGUAGUGCAUCAUCGUCUAAAGCAAGUCUGUUGGGAAAUUGAAAUUUUUUGAAAGGAGUAAGGAUUAAGGAUCGAUCAUAAUCUGCGCGCGGUGAGGGAGAGUGAUAGACACUGUAGAGUGAGUGAUUUGCAGGUUGUAAAUUUGCCACACGGAGUGCGCGUGCAUGUAAAAAUCCAAUUGUGAACAGCGCGAUACGUGUUGGUACAUACGUGCACGCUACACACGUAGGUACAUACCUACCUACCAUACCAACAUCACUUAGUACGUCCGAGGUGGACAUUGUCGUGGUUAUAACAAAAGCUGUACGUUUCUGUGAUGGCAUUAUUUGGGGAGAAACUUAUCGAGAAUUGAGCUGGGUCAGCAAUGCCAAAAUCGUCGUCUAAUAAAUGGAAGUUUUGGAGAAAAGCGGAAGGAGCUCGAGGAACCGCCAAGAAGCAAAAGAAAAUCGUCAAGUCGAGUCUGAGUGAAACUGAGCUCGAAGUUCGGUCUGAUAAAAAGAUAAAGGAAAAGGAAAAAGUCGGCAAGGAAAGCCCCUGCAGCAAAGCAUCGAAGAGAAAGACCGUCAUGGAGUGUCCUAUUACCAGAGGGGAAACCCGUCUUCCAAAAUUGACACCCAUUACCGACGACUACGAGAUAAGCAAUCAUGUCCUGGGUCUUGGGAUAAACGGAAAAGUCGUUCAAUGUUACGAUAAAAAGACUCGAGCUAAAUACGCGCUCAAGGUAUUGCACGACUGCACGAAAGCUAGGAGAGAAGUCGAAUUGCACUGGAGGGCCUCCCACUGUCGUCAUAUAGUACAGGUGAAGGAUGUGUACGAGAAUACGUACAGCGGCAACAAGUGUUUACUCGUCGUUAUGGAAUGCAUGGAAGGAGGCGAAUUGUUUCAGAGGAUACAGGACCGACAGGACGGUGCUUUUACGGAAAGAGAGGCGGCACAAAUAAUGUACGAGAUAUGCAUAGCUGUGAAACAUCUACACGACAUGAACAUUGCUCAUAGAGAUCUAAAGCCGGAAAAUUUACUGUACUCAAAGCCUGACAUCACAGGAAUUCUGAAACUCACAGACUUUGGUUUUGCAAAGGAGACACAUUUGAAAGACACUCUGCAAACUCCGUGUUACACUCCUUACUAUGUCGCUCCAGAAGUUUUGGGACCUGACAAGUACGACAAGAGCUGCGACAUUUGGUCACUCGGUGUGAUCAUGUACAUACUGCUCUGCGGUUUUCCGCCGUUCUACAGUAACCACGGCUUAGCUAUCUCCCCGGGAAUGAAGAGAAGGAUCAGGCUCGGUCAGUACGACUUCCCGGCCCCAGAGUGGUCGAACGUUAGUCAGGAUGCGCGUGAUCUGAUCAAGGAAAUGCUGUGCACAGAUCCCGCUCAGAGGCUACACAUUGAUCAAGUUAUGCGGAACAAGUGGAUCUCGAAGCACACGGAAGUGCCAGCCACUCCGCUUCACACUGGACGAGUGCUUCGCGAAGGAGAAGAACUCUGGCCUGAGGUGCAAGAGGAGAUGACCAGAUCCCUUGCUACGAUGCGAGUCGACUACGACACGGCGGGGUUGAAGCAGUUGGACAACACGAAUAAUGCUUUGCUGGACAAACGCAGACGUGCCCGGCAGGCUAACACCGUAACGCCACCGUCGAACCCAACGCCCGCCUCCUAGAACAACGCCUUAAUUCGCGUCGGGAUAAGAGAGGACAGUAAUCGUAAACGGAUUAUUACGUUUCUUCGUAGGUUCGUUGGUUACAGUCUUUUAACGGUUAGGAUUAUGUUCUAACAAUUUCUUACUAUAGUAUAGAAAAGGAAACAAGACAACUAAGGAAAGGAAAAUAAUAAUUAUUAUAUUAUUGUAAUACGAAGGUAAAUUACAACAAGAGCCGACGAACAAAUUAUUUUUUAAAACCUAUACGGUGUGCUCUUCAAUUUGUUGUGCACACCGUGGAUCAAGGAGACUAAGAGAGGGUUAAUACACAAUGGAAUUUGAAAAUGAAAUUUUUGUACAUGCAUAUACAUAUUUUUAAAUAUUUAACUGCGUGUUUAUGUCUAUUGAGACGAUAACGAGAUACGGGCAGACUAUCGGCGAAUGCUAAAUAUUUUCUUCCACUCUCUUUGAUCGCGAAUGGAUCAUGGAAGAGACGGACCGAUUUCUGCGGUUUGACUUGUCGCGAGAGAAAUCUUUCAGGAAUUUAAUUGUAAGCGAAAUUUCUAACAUUCUAUGACUAGUCCAGACCUCGAAAUCUACUUUGAUCCGCUGUCUAAUCGUCGAGAGAAGAUUAGCGGGUAAAUGGAACGGAAAACUAGAAUUCACAUGACGUGGAAUCUGGUGUAAAACAAUUCUUACUAAACUAGAGAAAAAUCUCUGAUAUCAUUUAUCAUUACUAUCGAGAAGAAUCGAAAUACCGUCCCGUAAAUUCAGAGUUUCUUUUUAUUUUUUUGAUUUGUAAGUUUUGAUAAGCUAGCAAAAGAGGUAUUGUCAUGAGAAUUUGGAACUUUGAUAUACGUGCGACCAAAAGAGAAGUUCCGUUUUGAAGUCUUGAUCGUAGGAAUUAUUUUUUAGGUGUGAGUAAUUGUUACAGUAAUAGAUGAAUGAAAAUAUAUUAGUCAAAUCGAAGUUUAAGGCGUUCCCGAUAUUUCUCUGUCUUUGACAGAGCGAGCAGUGUUCAGAGUUUUGACGCAUCAGGCUAAUUACAAACGAAACUAAUCAUCGAUUUUGUGCGAAUGAUUGCAUUGUUUUCACGAAUUUAAACUUUCUUUUUUGAGAAGUGUACAACUUCGGGGGUUUUACUUCAAUUACAUACAUUUCAAUUUUAUUCGACGUUUAAAAUAAA